CCUAAACUCCGAGAUCAUUUGUGAAGAAAAAUGUUGUUAAUUGUCAAGCUGUCAAUCAAUUUAAAUUUCAAAGUGUCAACUAAAGGUCACCUUGGUGAAGUUCACCUUCUUACUUGAGUUCGAAGCCGGUGUUUGUGUUUGUUGCUAUUUAUUUAUAUAUGGUGUUUAUAUAAAAACAAAAAAUGGAUGUGAUUACUACUCAAAAAUUUAUAGAGCGAGGAUCUCAUAAAGGCAAGGGUCUUGCUGUUUUUACCAGCGGUGGGGAUUCCCAAGGGAUGAACGCUGCUGUACGAUCAGUGGUUCGCAUGGGUAUAUAUUUAGGGUGUAAAGUAUAUUUUAUACGAGAAGGUUACCAGGGAAUGGUUGAUGGUGGAGACAAUAUAGAAGAGGCGAACUGGUCAUCUGUGAGUUCCAUAAUUCAUAAAGGUGGUACCAUCAUAGGAUCAGCUCGUUGUAUGGACUUUGUGCAAAGAGAAGGCAGGCUCAAGGCUGCAUUCAAUUUGGUGGCUAGAGGCAUUACCAAUCUUGUUGUAAUUGGUGGUGAUGGUUCUCUCACUGGUGCGAAUUUGUUCCGGCAGGAAUGGUCUAGCUUGUUAGAUGAACUCUUGGAGAAUAACAAAAUAACUAAAGAUCAAAGAGAAAAAUAUAAAUAUUUGCAUAUUGCUGGCAUGGUUGGUUCCAUUGACAAUGAUUUCUGUGGUACAGAUAUGACAAUUGGUACAGAUUCUGCCCUGCAUCGCAUUAUUGAAGCAAUUGAUGCCAUUGUGAGUACAGCAUAUUCCCACCAGCGAACAUUCAUCAUGGAGGUCAUGGGAAGACAUUGCGGAUAUCUUGCACUGGUGACAGCCUUAUCCUCAGAAGCUGAUUAUGUCUUUAUCCCAGAAGCACCACCAUCAGUCGACUGGAGAGAUAAACUUUGCUAUAAACUAGAACAGGAACGUAAGUCUGGCCAGCGCCUGAACAUCAUCAUCGUCGCGGAAGGUGCGAUUGACCGUCAAGGUCAGCCCAUCACCGCCGAGUUGGUGAAGAAAGUGGUCGUGGAUAACCUCCAACAAGACACCCGUAUCACCGUGUUAGGUCACGUCCAGCGAGGAGGAUCACCCUCGGCCUUCGAUAGAAUACUUGGGUGCCGUAUGGGCGCGGAAGCUGUGAUGGCUCUGAUGGAGGCCACGCCCACUACAGAGUCGUGCGUGGUCACGUUGGACGGAAACCAAGCCGUGCGACUCCCUCUCAUGGAGUGUGUCAGACGUACUAAAGCUGUUGCACAGGCCAUGGCUGACAAAAACUGGGAGUUAGCUGUGCAACUACGCGGUCGUAGUUUCGCGCGCAACUUGGAAACUUACAAGAUGCUGACGCGGCUCAAGCCUCCAAAGGGUGCUUUCGAUGAAUCCGGACAACCUUCUGAGGGUUUGACGCUCGCCAUAAUGCACGUGGGUGCUCCCGCCUGCGGUAUGAACGCAGCCGUACGCUCGUUCGUCCGCAACUGUAUCUACCGCGGAGACACCGUGCUGGGAAUCCACGACGGCGUCGAGGGCUUCAUCAGCGGCAACAUCGUGAAGAUGGAAUGGUCAGACGUGACUGGUUGGGUCGGACAAGGAGGCGCCUUCCUCGGCACCAAGCGGACGUUGCCUGGCGACAAGAAGAGUGAGAUAGCUGCGCGUAUUAAACAGUUCAACAUCCAGGGUUUGCUCAUCAUCGGUGGUUUUGAAGCUUAUCAGGCCGGUCUUGAGCUGUACGAGUCCCGUGGCCAGUUCCCUGAGUUCAAAAUCCCCCUGGUGGUGAUUCCCUCCACCAUCAGCAACAAUGUGCCCGGCACUGACUUCUCGCUGGGCGCCGACACCGCGCUCAACGAGAUCUCCGAGAUCUGCGACCGUAUCCGGCAGUCUGCUCAGGGAACGAAGCGUCGCGUAUUUGUUGUGGAGACUAUGGGUGGAUAUUGCGGGUAUCUCGCUACCUUAGCAGGUUUGGCGGGCGGUGCUGAUGCAGCGUAUAUCUACGAGGAGAAGUUCUCCAUAAAGGAUCUCCAGCAAGACGUGUACCACAUGGCGUCCAAGAUGACGGGCGGCAUCCAACGUGGUCUCAUCCUGCGUAACGAGAAAGCGAACGAGAACUACAACACGGACUUCAUCUACCGACUCUACUCUGAAGAAGGGAAGGGGCUGUUCACAGCGCGCAUGAAUGUUUUGGGUCACAUGCAACAAGGAGGCUCCCCCACUCCGUUCGACCGCAACAUGGGCACCAAGAUGGCCGCCAAGUGUCUUCAUUGGCUGGUAGAGAUGAUACAGCAGGGAAAGGGAGCCGCUCCGGACUCCGCGUGCCUCCUCGGUAUCGUCAAGCGACAGUAUAAAUUUACACCACUGGAGGAACUCAAGACCCAGACUAAUUUCGCACAACGUAUUCCAAAACAACAAUGGUGGAUGAAGCUGCGACCGUUACUCCGUAUCUUAGCCAAACACGAUUCGACAUACGAAGAAGAGGGAAUGUACAUGACCGUGGAGCAAGGAGAAAUAGAUUCGGAGAACGUUAUAUAAAAUGUUCUAGUCAGUUCUCUAUUAGUGUAGUAUUACACUGUAUUCGUAUUACUAAUUUAUUUAGAUAUUUAUUAUAGUAAAAGACAUAAUCCAUGUAUUUUUUAGUAUAAUAUAACAGUAGCUUUAGUAGUAUAAUGUGAGUUUUUAGUACUCACUGCAGCCAUAAUCAUCUCACAGUGUUAUGUAGCUUAGAAAUUAUUCUUGUUAGCUAUGUAAAGGUAGAUAUUUAUGUGAAAUUAUUAAAUACUCUAAUAGUAUUUCUUUAAGAUAUAUUUAGAUAUUUUUUUAAUGUAAAAACAGUGUUGCGUUAAUAUAAUAUCAAUCAUCACACUGUGCAAUAUUAAUGCAAGACAUAAUAUCCCAUAGACGCCAAUGCAAAGACGAACGACAUUCACACACGACAUUAAGGAAAUAGAUCUCAAUAUAAAUCUAUAGUAGGUAGUCAGUAGCAAUUAUAUACGACAUGUUAUUACCUGACCAAUGACCGUUCAGUACCCCGUACGCCCGCUCACCAUGGUAGGUUGACAGAAUUGUUUGCAUUGCGAAUAUGUCAGUAUUAGGUCAAUUACCUGUGCAUUAGCCUCGCUGAGUGCUUUAAUCACUACCGGGUCCUAUAACUUAUGUACCUACUAGCUGACCCGACAGAUGUAGUUCUGUACAAUAAAUCUCUCAUAGAAAAUAUGUCCAUACAAAAUAAAUAUUGGAAUUAAAAAUAAUUAUGGGUCCCAAGUCGCAAUAAACAUUAUCCGAUCUCUUAGUUGAACUAAACUGCACUCCAUGAAGUAAUCCCCAUUAAAAUCUGAACAUUCAUUUCGGAAUUCACUGGAAACAAACAUCAGGACUUUGGAUCUAUAUACAUUAAGAUAUGCUGCUACCAAUUAUUAUUACCAAUACAAUUAAAAUCGAAUAGUAAUGUUUAAUAUCCAAAUUAAAUGUGCGUAAUAAUAAUAAUAAUAUUGACACACUAAGUAAUAAAUAAAUGCAAACAUCAGUUCUGGUAAAAUAAAUAUUUAGGGAUUUUUCUUGAGGCCUAAUUUGUGAGUUUUGAUUAUUUAAAUGUACACUAUUGCCGAAUAUUGUAUGCUUCCUUAAAUAUUAUCGUUAAAAUCAAGUAGGAAUUAUAUUGAAUGAUUUUUAUACCAUUUAUUAAUAGGUCCAGUUGGACUUAUUACUGACCUUAGCACACUUUUGAAUAAUUUUUUGUUAACAUAUUAUAUCAUUUGUUAAACUUUGUUUUAAAAAUAUAAUAUUUAAAGUUAA